AUGUCGUCUUCCUCUCCUGCGGACGCGGCGGCGCCGUACGUUGUCGAUGACUUCGGGAGCGCACUUCAGGUGCUCAGCGACGGCACCGUCGCCCGCUCCCGGCCGCCACCACUCCAACCAGCUGACGUGAACGACGGCCGCGUCCAGUGGAAGGACGCCGUGUACGACGCCGGCCGCGGCCUCGGGCUGCGCAUGUACAGGCCGCACCGUCGUGACGUGGCCGACGACGGAGAGGGCGGGAAGCACCCCGUGCUUGUGUACUUUCACGGCGGCGGCUUCUGCCUCGGCUCCUACUCCUUGCCUAAGGACCACGCCGUCUGCCUCCGCCUGGCCGCCGAGCUUCCCGCCGUCGUGCUCUCCUUCGACUACCGCCUCGCGCCAGAGCACCGCCUCCCCGCCGCUCACGAGGACGCCGCCGCGGCCCUCCUAUGGCUCCGCGACCAGCUCACCUCCGGCUCCGACGACUCGUGGCUCGCCGGCUCGGCCGACUCCCGCCGGGUGUUCGUCUCGGGCGUGUCCGCCGGCGGCAGCCUGGCGCACCACAUGGCCGUCCGGUUCGGCACGUCGGGGCUCGAGCCGGCCGCGAGCAUCUCCGGGUACAUCCUCCUCAUGCCGGGGCUGUUCUCGGCUGAGCCGACGCAGUCAGAGCUGGACACGCCGGACACCGCAUGGCUGACGCGGGAGAUGUUCGACCGGUUCUUCCGGCUCGGGAUGCCCGCCGGAGCGAGCAGGGACCACCCGCUGGUGAACCCGUUUGGGCCGGGCAGCCCGAGCUUGGAGCCAACGUGCGUGGGCCGCAUGCUCGUCGUCGCCGCGGAGCGCGACCUCUUCAGGGACAGGAACGUGGAGUACGCGGAGCGGAUGAAGGCCAUGGGGAAGGACGUGGAGCUCGCCGUGUUCGCCGGCCAGGAGCACGGGUUUUUCGGCGCGGAUCCUGCUUCGGAGGCCGACAGGGAGCUGGUGCGAGUCAUCAGCCGUUUCGUUGAGCGGGAUGGAGACGGUCCGGCUUGA